AGAACUCCUUUUAGGAUGCCUACUUUGGAAGAAAUACUUGCUAGACUUCGAGAGGCUCACUGGUUCUCAACCAUCGAUCUCACCAACGCUUUUUACCAUAUCGUUUUAGACGAGUCGUGCCGACACUUAACAAUUUUUUUCUCUGGGAGCGAUACAUAUCGAUUCAUACGUUUACCUUUCGGCCUGUGCAAUGCUCCAGACAUAUUCCAGGAAACUCUGCAGACAGUUGUGUUAGGAAAUUGUCCCGGUACGGUGAAUUACCUUGACGACAUCCUCGUAUUUGGGAACACAAAAGAAGAGCAUGAUCGACAUCUUGGUGAUGUUUUAUCUCGCUUGCGACAACAUAAUGUUAUGUUAAACCCGGCUAAAUGUGUUUUUGGUAAACAAUCCGUAAAAUUUUUAGGCUUCCUUCUUUCUCACAACGGUUGGCGUGUUGAUGAAGAUAAAAGGAAAGCUAUUGCAGGAUUCCGCAAGCCAGAAACUGUUCAAGAAGUGAAAAGUUUUUUGGGUCUUAUAAAUUUUAUAGAGAAAUUUACUCCCAGCAGAGCCGAAAAGACAGAAAAGUUGAGAGCACUAGCAAAUUCAAAUACAUUUUAUUGGACGAAGUAUGAAGAUUUUGAGUUCGACGAGAUAAAAAGGAUAGCCUUAAAUUCAAUCGCAAAACUAGGAUACUUUGAUCACAAAGAUAGGACGGAGUUAUUUGUGGAUGCCUCCCCACUUGGAUUAGGAGCGGUACUGGUUCAGUUCGAUGAAGUUUAAAAGCCUCGAAUAAUAGCUUGUAUCUCGAAGUCGUUAACGAAAGUAGAAAAGCGUUACCCUCACACACAGAAGGAGGCGUUAGCUAUAGUAUGGGCAGUCGAGCGAUUUAGUUAUUACCUUACGAAUAUCAGUUUUACCAUUUGGACUGAUUCGGAAGCAAACAAAUUUAUCUUUGGCAGCCAAUAUAGAUCAGGGAAAAGAUCGGUUACACGCGCAGAAACGUGGUCCCUUCGUCUCUUACCAUUUAAUUUCCAAAUUAAAUGUAUUCCCGGAGAUCAGAACAUUGCGGAUGUAUUGUCUCGCCUGAUAAAUGAGUCUCAAGUAGAUGAGCCGUUCGACGACGACAACGAAAGGCAUAUGUUAUACGCUCUUGAUACGUUGAAUAUGAGUAUGUCAUGGUCAGAUAUCGAGCUUGCAUCAGAAGAAGACGAAGAGUUAGCAGAAGUACGGCUAGGUAUAAAAUCAGGCAAAUGGCCACGGCAUCUGAGUCGUUUCGAAUGUUUGUCAAAGCAGCUGAGGACCCUUGAUUCCCUAGUUUUCAAAGACGAUCUAGUUGUUUUGCCUAAAUCGUUAAGGGAAAAGGCAUUGACUACAGCACAUGAAGGUCAUGUGGGCAGCAACGCCACCAAAAGAAUUCUACGGGACCAUUUCUGGUGGCCCAAUAUGUCUAAAGAGGCCCAGAUUUACGUUAGUAACUGUAUGACCUGUUUAUCCAUGUCAAAGAGAAAUCCACCAGUCCCAUUAAUAAGUCGAAAUCUUCCGGAAGGGCCGUGGGAGGUACUACAAAUUGAUUUUCUUUCAGUACAAGAGUGUAGCUCAGGUCAUUUACUGGUUUGCGUAGAUACGUACUCUCGUUUUUUGCACGUUAUGGAGUUAAGGCUUAUUGAUGCAAGUUCAACCAAUGCAUCAUUAUGCAAGAUUUUCAAGACAUGGGGUUUACCACUAGCUAUCCAAAGUGAUAAUGGGCCUCCUUUUCAAAGUAAAGAGUUUAUAGAAUUUUGGGAGCAUAAGGGAGUAAAGGUUCGUAAGUCCAUACCACUAAGCGCUCAGUCCAAUGGAGCUGUUGAACGCCAAAACCAAGGUAUUAUUAAAGCAAUAGCUGCGGCGAAAAUAGAAAAGCGAAACUGGCGUGAAGCCCUCGAGGAGUAUGUCCACCUACAUAACACUCGCAAACAUCAUGCUAGAUUGGGUGUUACUCCUUUCGAGCUGCUUGUGGGAUGGCGUUACAGGGGCACUUUUCCUAGUUUAUGGGAUGCAAGAAGUAACCUGGAUAGGGCUGACGUGCGGGAAGCUGAUGCUCAUGCUAAAUUAGUUAGUAAAAUAUACGCGGAUGAUCGUCGAGGCGCUAAAAUUAGUAGUAUCAAAGUAGGCGACAAAGUGUUAGUUUACGUACCCCAGAAAACGAAGACAGAUCCUCGUCGUUUUCUAAAGAAAGCUACACAGUUUUGGCUAGGGACGGCGCAAAGGUGGUUGUUCGUGGUGAGAGCGGUACUGAGUUUACAAGAAAUGUGCGAGACGUUAAACUAAUCCCAAGCAGUGCAGGAAAUGAAGGCUUAAUGGAAGAUGAAAAUGACCAAAAUAUGGAAGAGAUGAUAGAUUCAUCACAGGUUCCAUGUACGAAUGAUAGGAUAGAAAUGCAGAGACCACAACGCCAGAUACGAAAACCAGUAUGGUUAAACGAUAUGGAAUUAUAUUAGAUUGUACUAGAUUCUUGGAAUAAGUAGACGAAAUUGGAUAAAAAAAACAUAUAAAAAACAGGUUUCGGUGUUUAAGGGAUGGGAUUUUUUUGUUGUAUUUUUAUAAAAUAAUUGUUUUUACGUAUAAUUACUAAUUUGAAAUUUCAAUACCGGAGAGUAGAAGAGAGGUAGAUUGUAGGGAUUAUAAGGUAUGGGAGGAAGAGAGUGAGAGAGAAAAGAAAAAAAAAGGAGAUAGAUGGAUAGUUGUAUCAACAGCGAGAGAAGGACAAGGAAUGGAAUUGAAGAAAAUAAAUCGUCAGUUGAGUUAGAACUGUCAGCUGGAACACAUAUACUGUGAGUGCGUGGCGUAUUAAUGAGAUCCGAAAAGCGUAUUUCCUCCUCCGGUCACUACACAAGUGUUUGCGUUGGCGGUGAUUUUGUAAGUAUUUUAUGCAAAUUUUAUGAUAUUUAUUAUUAAAAACGUUUUGUUUUGUAGAAUAAACAUAAAAUCAACCACGGAAGCAUGAUUUAGUUGUGGUGGAAGCGAAAAAACAAUGCUUGGAGCAUGGAAUAAAGCCGAAUGAAAUUUCUAACCUUCACGCACGACGCCACCGCUAGGUAAGGUAUGUUUAUGUGUAAUUACGAUCAUUGUUCCAUUUUAGGGUGUGAUUUGUGCAAUAUAACCGUUCCUGGCGGGGAUAGUCAAUAGUCGAUACCCUUUGCAGCUGUGAAGGAGUGCAGAAGAAGGGGCUCGUUACCACCCUUCCCACACCCGGACGCUUUUUCCACGGAUGAAGAAUAUGUUCCUGGCUGUAUGCGCCAAAUCUAACGGUGAUCCGUAUCGUGAACGAAUCGGCAUAAUCGGUGCCGGUCCCCGGCGGUUUGUGAAAGUGGUGGUACACAACGGUAUAGAGUACGAUAGAUAACAUGCAACUGAUCUGCGAAGUGCGCCCCACCUGAUGCUGGCGUUCGGCAAGACACAGAAGGAGAUGGCACAGGAGUUCAACGUCUUGAACAAGGAUGUGCUAGAUUUGUUCCAGAUCGAGGACCGCGACGAUGAGGGAUAGUUGCUGGAGCUAAUUAGUGACAUAGCCAGAAGUGUACAGGCAAGUUGUCGGCGAUUGCCGCCCUGCGCCAUGCCGUUGUGGUGAUGCGAAUUGAUGGAGCGGUCUUUUCCCGCUGCUUAUCUGCUCUAAAGGAUGGGUGUGCUUGGGCCAACAAUCAAUUAGCCGGACCCAACACGAAAUGUACCGCGCAAGGCUUCAUAUUGCUGCGCCAAGCGGCCAACGACUUAAAGUAGGACGUGAACUACGGUGGCAUUGCGCUGAUGGCAUAGCGGUUACAUAAUGUUUAGCAGUAUCAUCAGCAACGUGUUCCUCGGCAACAUUCGGCAUGCGUUUGUGCACAAUCCGCAUCUUUCUAUCCAUCUUAUGAUGCGUUUUCCU